CUUGGAGCCCUUCAGUCAGUGGCUGCACCCCAGGGGAGGGGUCCUGAGGUCCUGAGGCGAAGAUCUCGGCAAUGGCUUGGUGAACAGGGGCUAUUUUGGAGCUCAAACCACAGCCCGCCUCGUAGUUCACCACAUGGGUGUCACCCCCUACACAUACACGGGAGAACGGUUGCAGCGGAGCAUGAGACAGCCUGGUGGGUCUAGAGCGGGGGUCACAAGGCACUGAUGUGACAGGGCCAUCAGCCAAGCAGCUAGAUCUGGUGGAUCCAGGAAGGCUUCCUGGAAGAGGUCUCCGGCCCCUCCCAAGGACCAUGCCGCAGCCCCACUGACGCAGGAGUAGGGGCCUGAGGGGGCACCUGGCAUGGGCUGUGUGUUCUGCAAGAAGUUGGAGCCGGGGGCCAAGGAGGAUGGUAGCCUAGAAGGGGACUUCAGGAGCUAUGGGGCUGCAGACCGCUAUGGCCCCGACCCUACUCAGAGCCGGCCUACAUCUUCCUUUCCCCACAUCCCCAACUACAACAGCUUCUCCCCUCAGCCCACCAGCUCCGCCUUCCUUGAUGCGGGCACCAUCCGGGGCAUCUCAGGGGUUGGGGUGACCAUGUUCAUCGCCCUUUAUGACUAUGAGGCCCGAACGGAGGACGAUCUCACCUUCACCAAGGGCGAGAAGUUCCAUAUCCUGAACAACACCGAGGGUGACUGGUGGGAGGCUCGGUCCCUUAGCUCCGGACACACUGGCUACAUUCCCAGCAACUACGUGGCCCCUGUGGACUCCAUCCAGGCUGAAGAGUGGUACUUCGGAAAGAUCGGGAGGAAGGAUGCUGAGAGGCAGCUACUCUCCCCAGGGAACUCCCGAGGGGCCUUUCUCAUUAGAGAGAGCGAGACCACCAAAGGCGCCUACUCCCUGUCCAUCCGGGAUUGGGACCAGGCCAGAGGCGAUCACGUGAAGCAUUACAAGAUCCGGAAGCUGGACACCGGGGGCUACUACAUCACCACGAGGGCCCAGUUUGACUCCGUGCAGGAGCUGGUGCAGCACUACCUUGAGGUGAACGAUGGGUUGUGCCAUCUGCUCACUGCGGCCUGCACCACCAUGAAGCCGCAGACGCUCGGCCUGGCCAAGGACGCCUGGGAAAUCAGCCGCAGCUCCAUCACGCUGGAGCGCCGACUGGGUACCGGCUGCUUCGGGGAUGUGUGGCUGGGCACGUGGAACGGCAGCACCAAGGUGGCGGUGAAGACGCUGAAGCCGGGCACCAUGUCCCCGAAGGCCUUCCUGGCGGAGGCGCAGAUCAUGAAGCUGCUGCGCCACGACAAGCUGGUGCAGCUGUACGCGGUGGUGUCCGAGGAGCCCAUCUACAUCGUGACCGAGUUCAUGUGCCACGGUAGCUUGCUGGAGUUCCUCAAGAACCGGGAGGGUCAUGCUUUGAAGCUGCCCCAUUUGGUGGACAUGGCAGCACAGGUUGCUGAGGGCAUGGCCUACAUGGAGCGCAUGAACUAUAUCCACCGUGACCUCAGAGCAGCCAACAUCCUCGUCGGGGAGCGGCUGGUGUGCAAGAUUGCUGACUUCGGGCUGGCCCGUCUCAUCGAGGAUGACGAGUACAACCCCCAGCAAGGGACCAAGUUCCCCAUCAAGUGGACAGCCCCAGAGGCUGCCCUCUUUUGCAGAUUCACUAUCAAGUCAGAUGUGUGGUCCUUUGGGAUCCUGCUCACUGAACUCAUCACCAAGGGCCGAGUCCCCUACCCAGGCAUGAAUAACCGCGAAGUGUUGGAACAAGUGGAGCAUGGCUACCACAUGCCGUGCCCCCCAGGCUGCCCAGCAUCCCUGUAUGAAGUCAUGGAACAAACCUGGCGUCUGGACCCAGAGGAGAGACCCACCUUCGAGUACCUUCAGUCCUUCCUUGAGGACUAUUUCACCUCCACAGAACCCCAGUACCAGCCUGGGGAUGAGACAUAGCUUGAUUGGGCAUCAACCACCUCUCUGGGGGUGCCUGCCAACCCCUUCCUAUUCCUAGGGCUCUGGUCCCAAAACCCCCAGGCCUAGAACCCUAUAGAGUCCUAGCAUGUCAGAGUAAGCAAGUUGCUUUAGGUUCAUCUAGGGCAACCUGUUCAUUUUAAAAAUGGGGCAAAUCGAGGCUCAGAGAUCAUCCCUCACCCUCUCUGGCCCCAAGCUCUAUCUCUCCUCUUCCCACUUAAGCCCCUACAUGCCUCUAGUCUUCCUGCCUGUGCCCCUUCCCCCAAAAAAAGAAAUGCUGAGAUUUUUUUCUAGUUAUUUAUAAAAUUGUAUAUCCUUUCCCUCACUUACCUCCUGUCCAUGCUUUCCUGCCUGUCAACCCACCCUGGUCCAGACCCCCAGAAUUCACCUCCUACUCAAUUCCCUCAUGUCUGUAAGUUACAAACACAGGAAAAAUUUCUGUCAGAUCCCUUUCCCGCUGGGUGGAUGCUGUUGUCCAUGACUGGGGUCCAACCCAGGGUGAAGGAGAGGGUUGCUGAGGGCUCAUCACCUCUCUGAAUCAUGUGUGUGUUUACUGAUUUUGUAAAUAAGAAGAGUGACCAUAUGAAUCCUUGAGACAUGAAAAUUUCUUUCUGUGGGAGGGACGGUGGUCAGUGGGAGGUGAGUGGGCCUGCUUUGGCUGCUGGGGGGAGGAGGAGGUUAGAGAGAGCCCUAAUGCCUGCUAAUCACAGGGCACCCAAGGUGUGUUCUAGGACACCCCAAAGUCCUGAAUCUCAUCCUCCUAUGAGCUUAGGAUGAGCUGAGAGAUGGAUAUAGAAUCAAGUAACUGGAGAUCAAAAUAUCCCCUUCAUUACUGAUGUGGCUUUCAGUCUUCAUGCAGUGGUUUCACUAAGUCUUUACUUGAUUUCAACAGAUUUACUGUUCAUCACAGGCACCUCAGCAGAACCUCAGGCCUCCUCCACUGAGGCAGGGGGAGGACCACAGUGAAUCCUCUGCAGCUCCCCAGAAGGGACAGAGGUAGGGCUGGGUGGGCAGAGGCCUGAGAGUCUAGCUCCUUGGAUUUCACUUGGGGCAACUCUGCCCCCAAGGGGCUUUUGGAGAGGUUUGGAGGCAGUUCUGUUAGUGACAGUGAUGGCGGAGGGGGGGAGGGGCUCCUGCUGGCAUGUAAUGGACAGGGAGUGGGGUACUUAACAUCCUGACAUGUACCUGUGCAGUGAAGACUUGUUCUACCCCUUGGGUCCCCCUUUGAGAAACUCCUGCAGCUGAUGUGACUCUGGGUGGAAACAAGAACAGGGAAUAAGGAUUCCCACCUCUCCCAUCAAGAAGUUGUUGACCCUUAACUCACCAAGGGAAUAGCCAGGGGAAAGAGUCUGGGAACUGGGAAUCAAGGCUAUGCUUGGCAAACAAUGACUAAGUAUUGGCUCUGUGAAGGGCCCUUUGCUAGGCAGGAGCCUGGGAACACAGACCUGAACAAGACCUGUCCCUGUCCUGGAGGAGUUCACAGUCAGGCCCGGGAGAAAUAGUAAUAAUAAUAACUCAUUUAUUAAAUGUCAGCUGAAUGCCAGAUGUGUUUACGGUCAUCUUUUUGUUUAAUCGAGUCCUGAAUCUGGUUCUAUGAUCAGCCCCCGAUUUACAGGCAAGGAAACUAAGGCCGAGGGAUUACCUGAUGUACCAAGGUCACACACAUAUAUGAGACAGAGCUGGGAUCUGAACCAAGGCCCAUGAUCUGUCUACCAGACCUUGCUACCUCUGGGUUUUGGGAAAGGAUCCUGUCUGCCGCAGUGGAUGUUUAGGGGAUGCUUCUGUCUCUAAAUAUUGGUAGAAGGAUUCCCUGGAAACUCCCCAAGUUGAGCGACCUAAAGGAAACAGGAUGAGGUGGCCAGUGCAGAUGGAGCAUUCCCUGUGCUCAGCCCUCUGCUAGGGAUGGCUGAACUGGAGCAAUAAGAUGUAGAGAAGCCAAAUGGCUGCUUAGAGAAGUGGUCGCAGCGUUGGGAGCCUUCGCUUUGCAUACUCCAAGUCUCAGGGCCAAGGCUUCCAGAAGGCCAUGGUCUCUGGCCAACCAAACUCACAAGAACCUGAUGUUUAAAUCAGAGGCCCAGUGUUUCCACUUGCCAUGGAGUAAGCAAAUAAUGAGCACAGCUCUGGAACUGUCGUAUAAUGUUGUGAAUCUUACCUCUACCACUUGCUAAUUGUGUCAUGUUGUACAAGCUAUUAAUCGCUCCAAGCCUCAAUUUCUUCUUCUGUGAAAUGGCAAUAAAAUGCACAACACAUGUUA